UGCGUGCAUCACCAUCCUUCAAGGGCUCUCAGCGACCUUACUGGAAUCAAAAAACAUUUUUGCAGGAAGCACGGCGAGAAGAAGUGGAAGUGCGAAAAGUGCUCGAAGCGCUAUGCUGUGCAAUCGGACUGGAAAGCACACUCCAAGACAUGUGGUACUAGAGAAUACAAAUGUGACUGCGGUACUCUAUUUUCGAGGCGAGACAGUUUCAUCACACACCGGGCCUUCUGUGACGCCUUGGCUGAAUAAACCGCAAGAGUAAAUGCAGCAACUCACCUAAACAGCUUAGCCACAUGCAAUCUGAAUUACCAUCUUAUGGCCGGGGCACAACUAGUGCCUGGUAUGGCACAGCAUUUCUCCACUAUCUUCAAGCCAAUCUCAGGCAAUGUCGAUUCGAUGGAGCAAACAAGACACGGACUGUCCUUGUGGAUGAGCCAAGGAUCCCAAGCCCUCGAAACAAUAACCAAUAAUGUUCAAGAAAUCAAUCGAAUUGGUUCGGCAAGCUCAGGGUCAAUAUUUGGAACUGGUGUGGACCCACUAGUUCCCUGCUCCAAUCCUCCACCGUCUGAUUAUCAACUAAAUUGGGUUUUUGGAAACAAGCUAAUUAAUCCUUCAACUGCCACCCAUGAAGAGCUAACAAGCAGCACGACUUCACUGCCUUUAAGCAGUGUUAAUAGUAAUAAGGAAGGGACAGGAAGUCAAACAGUGAAUGUUCCAUCUCUGUACACCAAUCAACACCAGUCAAUAUCCCAUCACACACAUAGUAUGUCAGCCACAGCUUUGUUGCAGAAAGCUGCCCAGAUGGGUGCAACAUCGACUGACCCAAUAUUUCUAGGGAGUUUUGGAUUAAAGUGCAGUAACAGUCAGGGACAAAAGAGUAAUAAGCACUGUGGAUUAAUGUAUGGUUCAAACCCUACAGAUCAUCAUUUGGAUCAGAACUCAACAAACAACGAUGAUAUUUCAACAUGGAACCAGCUGCAGAUGUACCCUGCAGCAAAACGCCGACACACGCUGAGUACUCAUGAUCAAGAUCAAGUUGCAGCAGGUGGAGGGGAAACAAGGGAUUUCUUAGGGGUUGGUGUACAACCUGCCAUCUGUCAUCCACCAUCAAUCAAUGGCUGGACCUGAUUACAUGGGCUUUCUUUUUUCUGGGUGGAAAGCAAAGUUGUUCUUGAGGAUAAUAAAGUGCAAAAGAAAAUUUGAGAAUUUAGUAUUUGGAAACUUUGCAAGAAGGGAAAAGGUAUGAUUGAGCGGGUGACGGAGGGGGUAAAAAGCUUGGUUAGAAAAACUAUUGAAGAGUUGAAAGAAGGGAGAUCCAUGCAUAUUCUGUUGAAGCCCUGAACGCUUUUUAAAAAAAUGGUGGGGCUUUAGUUUUAAUUUUGAGAUAAAAGGAGUGUGGAGUAGUGGGAGCAAGCAAGAAACUCUUUUAAGCUCCAUUAUUGCAAUAUUGUUU